AUGGACGUGGCAAUAUUAAACAUUUUAGAUGACAUUCCCUUAGUGACUAAAAUAUGGACAUUAGGAAGUAUAGGACUUUCAAUAUUAACCUCUACGAGGAUGAUAGACCCUACCAAAGUAAUUUACAAUUACGAUUUAGUAUUCAAGAAAGGACAGUAUGAACGAAUUUUCUAUUCUAUUUUCAAUUACGGUGAAUUUAAUUGGGUUUCCAUGUUGAAUAUUUUCAUAAGUGCUAACCAUUUAACAAUGUUAGAAAAUUCAUUUGAAUUGAAGAGAAGAUAUUGUUGGACAUUAUUCUUGAUACUUUCUCUUAUAGUGAUGAUGAGUGGUAUAAUACAACCUUCAUCAUCUUUAGGAAUCUUAUUACAUGAAAAUUUAGUUUAUUAUGAAAUUAAAAGGAAUACUAAUGAAAUGAAUUUUAGAUUACUUGGUGGCAUAAACAUUGCUGCAUCUUUGAUCCCUGUAUAUAUGAAUGGGAUGAUGUACUUUGUUUAUAAUAGAUCGUUAUUUGAAAUCAGUAUGAAUUUUUUACCUGCUCAUUUUAUAUUUUAUUUUGAUGAUGUUAUACAGAAACUUUAUGAUAUUGAUAUUUUCCAAACUCCAUAUGAUUUAUGGUUGAAGAAUAGAAGGUAA